AUGGAAACAAAAACAUCUGAUAAUUGUGAGUCAUCAACAAGAGUUCGAAGAAAAAUUAGUUUAUCCUAUUUAAAGAAAAGCCUAGUCAAUAGAAAAAAAUCACCUCAAUUAACAUCAAAUAAUAAAACUUUUUGCUGUGAUCAAAAUGAAAGUUCCUCCUGUAAUUGCAACAAUAACCGUGUUGGUCUUUUACAAUCUUUGCGUAAACAGAUUCGAGAUAAUUGGAAUAUAUUUCGAUCUAAACAAAAAAUACAAGUUACAAAUAGUAAUCAAUAUGAUUCGUCAGUUGGUUGGGGUGGAAAUGAUUUAGAACAACAAGAAUCUUGCCUAACACCAACCUUGCCUGAAAUUCCACCUCGAUUGCCUGAAAUGGAUUCAAAUUACGCUGAUUAUCGAUUAGUACCAUCAUCAACUGAAGAAAAUAAUUCAUCACAAAACUCUUUAGAUGGUGACGUAAUAACGUCAUGUUUUCUAGAUUAUCGAGGCAACUUAACACAGGAGGGUUUGACAAAUAAACUAUUUAAUUUAGCACGUUGGGGCUGGUAUUGGGGUCCGUUGUCACCACAUGAAGCUGAAGAUAAGUUACGGGAACAACCGGAGGGUACAUUUUUAAUACGCGAUUCAUCAGCUGAUCAUUAUUUAUUAAGCGUAUCUUUUCGUAGUUGUGGUAAAACAUUACAUAGUCGAAUUGAACACAAUUCAGGAUUAUUUAGUUUCUACGAUCAUGAAGGAUUCUCAAGUAUUGAAGAAUUAAUAAGUCAUUCCAUUACGUCAUCGCAAUCAUCUGUAUUUUGUUAUUCACGGCCUCGAUCCCCAACACAACCUGCAUUUCCAGUGCGAUUAACAAAACCAUUAUCACGAUUCACUCAAGUAAAAUCAUUACAAUAUUUAUGUCGAUUUGUGAUUCGUCAAUGUACUGGCUUGGAUAAUAUCAAUAAAUUACCAAUUCCGCCAACAUUGCAACAUUAUUUGCUGGAAGCUUAUUUUUAAAAUAUAUCUCAAAACAUUCCCAAUAAAUUUGGGAUAAUUUUUAAAUAACACGUUUGUAAAAAAAGCUAGAACAUUAUUAAACGUCCUAAUUUGUUCACGAGUUUCAUAACAAAAGUAUCUAUGUAUUUUUUUAAUGUUUUGAAAUUUACAUUUUAUCCAGUCAAAUUAGUCCGUAAAAUAUAAGUAAGGUUACAAAAAUUCCCAUAGAGCUAAAAAUUGGUAUAAAUGUUCA